GGGAUUUCCGGAGGAGGCGGUCCCUACCUCCCCUGAUGGCGGUGGCAUCCAGCAGGUGAUGACUUUGUGCCCGGGCGAGUCUGGGAAUUAACCAGACCAAAAAACAAAACUAGAAUGGGAAAUUGAAUGCGUUUCGAUAAGAAGUCUUAAAAGGAAAAUUGGAAAAAGAAACAAACAGAAAUAUUUACGGAAGGAUGAAUGGUAUGGAGUAUGGAAAGGGUAGUGUGGCACUGUUGUGUGCUUGUCAUUGAAGAUUACGUAUGUGCAGUGGCCCAUAACAUGAGAGAUGGAGGAGUUAUGGGAGUCAAUAUGAAAAGGGAAGUUGGCUAAGAUUGAAAAGAAUCGGCAUACGCUUUAUGUAGUGGGAAGGAGAAUGGGACACUACUGCGCUUUGCUACUCAUCUUUUGCUCCGUCUACAGACUUGAGAGUACCCCAGAAGCCUGUCCUGUCUUCUAGUAACAGCAAUCGUGAGGAGCGGCACUCAAGCAUAGUCUGCAAUUUCAAGACACCUAGCAAAGAGCUAGAUAACCAGUGUCAACAACUGGAUCAAUCAUUUCCAUUGUUGACCUUUCCAAACAUGAGACCACCAAACUCCACCCCAGAAUCUGAAAAUGAGUCAGAUGUGAGCAGCCAAGUAGCUUCCAACAUAUCCAUCCAGGAAGCAUCACCAUCACUCGAUCCGCCACAGGACAGCAACGCAGCUUCUUCCUGCCUCACAAACCUAUUAAACCUUCAAGCGGAUCUAGCCCCUGUUUCUCUUGACCUAACACUCAACUUCAACCCCACUGAUGCUCAAGUGAAGGGCAGUGGGGAGACCAGCAGCGAAGCAGCUGCGAAUUCUGCAGCAGCAACUGUUCCUCGUGUUUUCUCCUGCAACUACUGUCGGCGCAAGUUCCACAGCUCACAGGCACUGGGAGGCCACCAGAAUGCACAUAAGAGGGAGAGAACACUGGCGAAGCGUGCCAUGCGCAUGGGAAUGUUUUCCGAUAGGUAUACCAGCUUGGCAUCCCUCCCCCUUCACGGGUCUGCUGCAUUCAGGUCCCUUGGGAUCCAAACUCAUGCCUCAGUGCACCCACAAAUUGUGCACCAAGAUAGGCUGCCUCCUGCUGCUAGGUUUGAACACGGCCAUUUUGGAUUGCCAGUGUUUGCCGAAGAUGAAGCAGAGCUGUUUUGGCCUGGUAGUUUUCGGCAGGUAAGUGGGGAAGGCAGGGGUAAUCUGAGUUUGGAACCGACUCCAAGUUCAAAUGUUAACUUUUUAGCAAUGGUUCCCCCGCCAAGGACAGAUUCAACUUCACCUGAUCUCUCCCUAAAACUUUGAGUGUUUUUUUUUCACCCCUUUUUUCAUUGAGGUUCCAUUUCAUUUUCUUUUGACUCACAUCUGACGCUGUUCUCUUUGUACAGUGGGAUAUGCAUUGGCAAUGGGUGUGAGCUUUUGAAUUUCUAUUUCCCAUUACGCGUUUUGUCCUUGUCACUACUGCCCCUUUAGAUUAUAGGGAUGGAUAAAUUUGAUUCUGUUGAAUUUGGUAAUUCCAUUUGCAUACCCCUUUUUUUGUACUUUAAUCUUCAACAUCAUGAUUUCUGUGUGGAAGAAUUUUCAAUUUUUAGAUUAAAAUAUAUUUCUCUAUUAAGUA